AUGUGGAGAAAGCCGAGGACACUCGCCAAUUAUUUCUCAAAUGUUUUCUCAUUGGAGUACUCUGAUUGUUGGCAAUUGGACUACCUCCCCUAUGUCAGCGAAUGUUGCACUGAUUGCGUCUUCCACCCACAUACCGUUUCUGCGAUUCUCAAAAAACUCCACCCAUCCACGACUGAGCCUUACGAUGGAAUUCCUCAACUGGUGUAUAAGAAAUGCCAUGCCUCCCUUUCUAAGCCCUUGAGUAUUAUGUUUAACCUUUCCUUCCUUACGGGUGAUCUUCCUAAACUGUGGAAGCAUGCUAUUGUGACUUCCAAGCCAAGAUAUUUAGGUGUAAAAUAUAUCAAUAACCACUGUUCCGGCACUGUCGCAUUCAUAGAAUUAGAGGAAGCCGAAAAUGUGCGCGAUUCAGUUCUUGUUUGGCAUCCUCCGUGCAGCAUUUGUGGACUAAAGUAUCAAAAU